ACCCGGAAGUGCUUCAGGGUGAGCGUGAGACAUGUUGUACCUGCACAAACGUAACGGCGGUAAAUGUCUGCAUUGCUCACUACUUACAAUUUCGGGUAUCGUCAACUUUUCCGAGUUAAUGUCACUGUUAGUACAGCGGGAGUGGCAUCUUUUGGCUAACUUUUGCACACUUAUAGAGAUGGAGACAGCUAAGUCACGCCGUUAACGAAGGCUGCUUUGCUAAUGUAUUUGUAGCUAGCCAAGUUAUCAGGUUGAGUAGUUGAACCCAGUGCGCUUUAAAUCAAAAUAAAGACUUAAAGUAAAGGUUACAUCCCAUUCUCCUGACCCUGGGGGAUGUGUCCCUGCCAGGUGACAGUUUAAUUUUAGCUGGACACUGUCACCCUGCCCUCUGGUCCCAUCAGAUGUGAAGCUGUCCAGCAGCGACAUUGACCUGCUGCAGACAUCAUGUCCAACCAAGCAGCGGGGCCGCCGUCCUUACGCUUCGGCCAGGUGGUCAUCGGCCCCCCGGGCUCAGGUAAGACCACCUACUGCCAAGCGAUGCACGAGUUCUUGAGUCACCUGGGGGCAGCAAGGUGGUCCGUGGUGAACAUGGACCCCGCCAACGAGGGGCUUCCGUACCCCUGUGCGGUGGACAUAUCCGAGCUGGUACACCUCGACGAUGUCAUGGAGGGCCUCAAACUGGGGCCCAACGGCGGGCUGCUGUACUGCAUGGAGUACCUGGCAGCAAACCUGGCCUGGUUGGACAAUAAACUCAAACAGCACAGUGACUGCUACGUCCUGUUCGACUGCCCCGGACAGGUGGAGCUCUACACCCACCACAGCUCGGUGAAGAGCAUCAUCUCUCAGCUGGCCCAGUGGAACUUCAGGCUGUCUGCUGUGCACCUUGUGGAUUCUCAUUAUUGCACUGACCCAGCCAAGUUCAUCUCUGUGCUGUGCACCUCCCUGUCCACCAUGCUGCACGUGGAGCUUCCCCAUGUCAACGUCCUCUCCAAGAUGGACUUGAUUGAGCAGUAUGGCAAACUGGCAUUCAACCUGGACUUCUACACAGAGGUCAUGGACCUGACCUACCUUCUUGACCACCUGGCUGCAGACCCCUUCUUUAAGAAAUUCCACCAUUUAAAUGAAAAACUGGCGGAGGUCAUACAAGACUACAGCCUCGUCUCCUUUGUGCCUCUCAAUGUGCAGGACAAAGAGAGCAUGACUCAGGUCUUACGGACCGUGGACAAAGCCAAUGGCUACUGCUUUGGAGACCUGGAGGAGAGGAAUCUGCAGGCCAUGAUGUCAGCUGCUGUGGGGGCAGACUUCCAGUUCAACUCGACUCUUGGAGUGCAAGAGAGGUAUGUUGAAACCAGUGAAAAGACUGUGGAGGAGGAAAUGAUGGACCUGUAAAUUGCAAGGCCCAAAUGAAAGGACAGAACUGAUGGCCCUUUUAGCUCUGGUUUUCCAGGGGAGUCUUGGCAACAUCCAUCUCGCUUGGCCUGAAUUCUAAGCCUUUCUACAAAAGCUUUGGGGAGACGGGAAAUUCAGGCGCUGCAGACCCUCAAGGUUACACCACACCUCAUAAAAAUCACGCCGAGGAAGACUGAAGGGAAGCAAAUGCUGUCCUUUUCUUCUGGCUGAAUAGCCAACAAUGAAAAUAGCACGGCAACUCCAGGUGUUCCACUAUUGUCUUCAUCAAUGAGAACAAGAAAAUGCUCAAUAAAUGCCUUUACAUUUAACCUAAAAGCAGUAUUUUUAUGGUUGAUAGAUUUUGCUUUUUGUUUUAAUGUCAGGUCCCAAAUUUUUGAGGGAACUCUGAUUUCUCCAUCACCAACAAAUGAAGAAAACAAAUUGAGCUAAUUAUAGUCACACUGAAAAACACAAGUUGAAAAAUGAAGUCACGUUUGAAGCU